GAAGUUCUGAGAAUUUCUUGUUUCAGGAUGUCAAAAGGAACAUCAAGUAUUACUUACCCGGUAGGAGGAGAAAUUGAGUUUGUCUGUGCUUCUCAAAGCCACCAACGAAGGCCUAGUGCCACAAGAAUCAGCAAUGUUAGUCUAGAAGACAUUACGAGCACGCUGCUAAAGACUGAACAAGUUGCUGCUGAAUGGUUGCAACUAGUAGCAAAAGUAUUUUGGAAAGGAGGUUCUACGUUUGAUGCAUGGCUGAAUGCAUCCUCGGCUCAGAUUGCUCAAGUAUUGCUAACCUUUCCAUACUCGUUUGCACAAAUGGGCCUCGCCUCUGGAAUGGCAUUCAUGCUUUUGUAUGGACUUUUAGGAUGCUGGUCUUCCUACACAAUGACAUGCCUAUAUGCCGACUAUCGAAAGCUAAAAGAAAUGCAAAACGUCACUUUUGAGCAUCAUACCAUUCAGUGGUAUGAGGUGCUGGACGGUCUUCUAGGCCCCUGGUGGAAAGCAGCAGGACUUAUAUUCAAUGGCGCUCUCCUUUUCUGCACAGCAACCAUUCAACUCAUAGCCUGUGGAAGCACAGUGUACUACAUUAGCGAUGAUCUGGACAAGCGUUCUUGGACAUUGAUUUUUGGUGCCUGUUGCUCGUUGAGCAUUCUCAUCCCCACUGCACACAACUAUAGAAUGUGGUCCUUUGCAGGAAUUAUCAUGACGACUUACACGGCAUGGUAUUUAGCUCUGGCUUCCCUGUCCAUAAAAAGAGAACCAUCUGUGACACACCAUGGACCCGUAAGCACCGAGGAAUAUUUCACAGGAGCAACGAACUUCCUAUACGCAUUCGGAGGUCACGCAGUUACAAUAGAAAUCAUGGAUGCGAUGUGGGAGCCCAAGAAGUUUAAGAGCGUGUACGUCUACGCCAUUGCCUACGUACUUUUGAUCCUUGUGAUCCCGUCCGCGGUGACAGUCUACUUGAGAUUCGGUGACAAAAUGCUGAUAAAUCCCAACGCUUUCGCUGUGCUGCCAAAGACAAAGUUUAGAGACGCGGCGGUGAUUCUCAUGGUUAUCCACCAGUUUAUCGAGUUUGGACUCCUCGCGAUCCCCAUCUAUAUCAUCUGGGAAAAAUUUCUAGGAGUCCAUCACAAGCAGUGCUACAUCAUGAAAGUGAUAGCCAGGGUACCUGUGAUACUGGGAAUUUGGUUCGUGGCUCUCAUGAUCCCUUUCUUCGGUCCAAUCAACUCCAUAGUCGGAUCCUUCCUCACGAGCUCUAGCAUUUAUAUUUUGCCCUGCGCAGCACACAUUACGUACUAUGGGAUCGGAGCAUCGAGAAGCGACUCCGCCGAGCCGCAUUCUUGGAUCGGCGCCUACUACUUGAACCUCGGCACGAUCGCGUGGGUGCUGAUCGUCGGCGUGGGAUUUGGCGCCUGGGCGAGCAUCCAAAACAUGAAGAAAGAGAUCGAUACCUUUGGCUUGUUCGCCAAAUGUUACCAAUGCGACCAAGAACCCUAAAAUUUAAAUUUCAUUCUCAAGAA